AUGGAAGAAGGCGUCAGGAGUACUGUGAUCCGAAACUUUUGUGAAUACAAUAAUAUUCUGGAAUUGGCACAUUUUCAAUAUGAAAUAGUCAAUAACGCUACAUUUUACUCUCCAGAUGCUAAAAACGUCUUAUUCUCUGCUCCGACCGGCAGUGGCAAAAGUUUGGUGGCUGAGAUCAUUGCGUGUGUCAACGUUCUGCUUACCCGGAAAAGAUGCAUAUUUAUUCAACCUUACAUUGCAUCCGCUAGCGAGUUAUUCUUUGCAUUACAGGUACAUUUACUUUCAAAUGAAAUAUUUAGGUAACAAAAAACAAUUUGUUGUUUUUAGCUCCGUCAAACAAGUUUUAUAAAGUAAAUGUGAAUAUUUAAAUAUUAUAAAUCAUCCGAAAAAAAAGAAGUUUAGAGACCAUGGAGAUCACUCGGAUUGAUAGUCAAGGCUCAUUUUGGAUCUUCAUCGUUGUCUUUGAACGAAGAGUUCAGUGCUGUGGUGUGUACUAUAGAAAAAGCGUCAUCUUUAAUUAACAGGAUCAUAAAAGAGGGCUUGAUAGAUGAAUUUUGUAAGUCAAUGAAUGAUGACAUAACUAGUUUAGGUACAAUUGUAAUAGACGAAGCUCACAUGGUAUUCGACGGUGACAGAGGAUCUAUUCUUGAAGAUAUCUUGAUAAAACUGAAGGCUUUGCGGGUCAGAAACAUGUAGGGUUGGUUUUACGUUUUUAUUGUAAAUGUUAACUUUUGUUAUGAUGAUUUCUGUAUCAUUAUUUAGAAGCACGGUACAGGUAAUUGCAAUGAGUGCUACGAUAGAAGAUUUUACUUUGUUUACCACUUUGAUGGACACAGAGUUCAUGGAUUACAGUAACAGUAACGCGCGAGAUUUGCAGCAAUUUUUCGUAGCAGGAAAAGAGUUCUAUGUAGCUAAAGAUGGUGGGAUAGAGAGGUCUGACAGACAAGCCAUGUUCAACUUUAAAUCCGACGACUUGGGAAUUUUAAGGUAAUUUUUUAAAUUAGUUUGAAAAAAUAUUCAGAGCCUUAUAACCACUUAGUUUUGAUAAUUUAGAAUAAUGCGGGAUAUAUAUUACAUAAUCUUUAGUUUGGUCAUGGAAGUUGUCAUCGAAUGGAAGUCGGUACUUAUAUUUUGCCAGACUAAAGCUGUGGUCGAGAAAACAGCCAAGUUGUUGGCCAUGUGUAUAUAUCAAUGUGCGGGGAAAGGAAAAGAACCUUUUAACGUCUUGAAAGAACAUGUUGAUGAAUGUAUUCAACUGAGCGGGUUUGGUUUCAUGGAUGACUGUAUCAAGUGUGGAGUGGCAUUCCAUCAUUCAGGUAACUGACAUUAGUAAUUUAUUACAGUUUUUAAAAUAAAAUAAAAUUUAUUUUUGUUUUGAAUUUUUAUAGGAGUACCUAACGAUGCGCGGAAGAAGAUAGAAAAACUUUUCAAAGACAGAAAGCUGGCCGUGAUCGUGUGUACAUCUACCUUGAGCACAGGAGUCAACCUCCCAGCUUCUAGGGUGGUUAUAAAUCUGGUGGGCUCCUUUUACAAAACCCUCAACUACGUGACCUACUAUCAGAUGAUCGGCCGAACCGGGAGACGCGGCUUCGGGAGGGGUGAGUUUUAA